AUGUCGUCUUCCUUACGUCAGAAGUCUUUUCAGAAUUCCAUUGGGUUCAUGUUCGAUGACUUUCUCAACGUGGGAUGGAAGGUGCCCUCCUUCCUUGAUUCUAUUUCACACCGAAAUCCCGAAGACCCAGCCAACGGCCCAUUUCAGCACGCAAACAACAUGCGAGACCAACCCCUGUACCUCUACUUCAACCAGGACCCUGCCAUGGGCGCUCGUUUUGGGGGCAUGAUUCAGAUGUACAAUGCCGGGAAGCCUUUCUUCUGGGAAGACAAUUUCUACCCACUACAGGAACGACUGUGCAAAGAUGGUCCAACAACCGACGACGAUAUCCUUCUGGUCGAUAUCGGCGGCGGGGAUGCAGGCGACCUCGGCAGAUUGCGCAAAGCCUUUCCAGACCUGAAGGGCCGGCUGAUUCUGCAGGAGCUGGCGUAUAUCGUGGACAGAAGCGAGCGGGAUGGGUUCGAAGCCCAAGUGGGCGACUGGAACGAGCUCCAACCAGUCAAAGGAGCGCGAGAAUACAUGCUUCACCACAUUCUACACGACUUCAGCAGUGAUGAUGACUGCCGUCGUAUCCUCAACAACAUCAUUCCGGCUAUGGAAAAGGGAUUCUCCAAACUGCUGAUCAAGGACCUCAUGAUCCCCGACCGUAACGCACCCUGGGCGUUCACGGCCAUGGAUGUCAACGUCAUGCAAUCCGUUUGCGGGCAGGAACGCACCGAGUCACAGUUCCGCAGCCUUCUCGAGUCGGUCGGGCUCAAGAUCGCCGGUGUAUGGAGACAUGAGAAGGCGCUAGACGUGGUGAUUGAAGCGGAGUUGCCCUAG